AUGUGUUUCAAUGCUGGUUGCAGAGCGCGAAACGCGAACAUCAACUUGACGUUAAGGUACAGUCCGCAAAAGCAGGAUGGGCGUAGUGGGCGAGAGAUUCGAAGCUCAGUGUGCUACCUUACGGUAGCGCUAGUAAGACCGGACGGCCACACACCAUUUAUUUUACCAUUCUUUACUCCCUAUGCUCGCCUGACCGACAGACGAUACCAUGAUGAAAUAUUGUUAACCCGACAAGAAGCCAAGAACAGUUUGCAUGUAGACUUAUUGCAGAGACGUGGUGCAUUGGAACAGCUCCGAGCGCGAUUACUAACUUCGAAUGACGAUGUAAAUGAACAUCAUCUGGGCGUCCGACGCUUUAAUGAGGAUCUCACUGCUUUUCGAAAAAAAUUGCGAUUGGACUUCGAGGAGCUCGGCGAAACCCGUGUAACUGGGGUGGGUCGCAAAGAACUGAUAAUCGCACGGGAGCUUGAGCAAGCUGCGGCACGCUUCGAAAUGUGGGAACUAGAGGAAACGUCUCAACCAAAGUGCUGCGCAUUCGUCGGACGGCUCGGGCGGCCUUUAGCGGCGAAGUCCAAGGGCACGCUUAGUGGCAGCUCAGAGCAGUACCUUCAGAGGCUUCUGGGAGGUCCUAUGCUUGGAUGCUGUGAGAGCCGUGAAAUAGUUACCGGGAAACGGUCAGGCACGGGGGAGACCGAGGAAUCAGGUGCCGCCUCACUUCAACGGAGUGUUGUGCGAUGCCUGGACGGGAAACAAAGCAAGGUCGAAUCAGGCGAAAACAACAAGCAGCAAGCGGGCGAUACACGGCAGGAGGUGCGGCAGGAGGUGCGGCUAAAAGUCAAGUUUUGGCCAAAAGCGAAGGACUAUCACGCUGCCAAGAAGGCUUAUGUCAUUCAGCAUGCGAUACGGUCCGCGAUCAAAACAGUAGACUCUCGCCGUGAGGAAGCCAUUGAUGUUGAUAGCGUGGAGCAGACGCAAACCGUCAUUCAAGCGCGCACCCAUGAAGAAUUGAGAGCCGCUCAACUUCGCAGCGACAAGCGCAAAUGCAGCCAAUCCAAGUCGAAGUCUCGGGAAAAUCGCUUAAAGCAAAUCGCUACCAUGACUCCCCAGCGCCUCAAGUCUAGCAUAGAAUCACCGACUGCAAACUUUCUUCAGGGAACAUCCUCCUCCAAAGGACGUGAAGCUACCGUCAAUAAUGUCAAGCAGAGCCAGCAGCCUGAAUCUGCGCACGACAGAGCUCUUGCCGGCAGUGCCCUUGACUUUUGUGCGGUGAGGCGUUCGCGAGCAAGUUGGCGUCAACUCAUAACGACUCCGUCGAGUGUGAAUAACCCUGCUUGGAACUAGAAAGAUAACCGCACGCGCAAAGUCUGAUAGCUCCCAGGCCCAGGCUGGACCACCCUUCGUCCCAUCGCAAGGCUGCUAAGACCAUAACCCGCCCGCCUGAUCCUGCUUUCUGCUGCAGGUCGACACACCGGCUGGUCGAUAGACAGCUGGAUGCUGGUUCGUGAUUUGCAGACGUACCAGGCACAGGCCUAAUCUAGAGCGCACUAGAAGCAGCCCGUGUGUGAAUAAAUAGGCGUUUUUUAC